AUGUGUAUUGAGGUCCAUGUUGAGGAUGGGGAGACAUUGCUGAAUGUGACAUUCAGUGCUGAAAGUUCCUGGAAGUUCAUCUCCCUUGAAUAUUGGAUUGGGGAGAAUGUUUCAAGUGUGCCAACGGAGUCUGAUGGGACGAUUGACACUGACCGUUUCCCCUAUUACUGGUGUAAUUCAAGCGGUGUAUACGAGUGGACUGACAGAGUUGAGCUGAAGUGGGAGUACAAUUGUGAAGAAGCAAGCACUUUUGACCUUUCAGUUGUUUCCCAAACAACAUUUGUUCAGGUUUACGAAAAUGGCACUGUCAUUGACGAAUCUGAGGUGACCCUCUUUGCGACCGAGUAUCAAGAGGACUUGUAUGGCUGGUUUGACUUUGAACUGAACUGUGAGUGCCCCCCACUCGAACCAUGCACUGAUUUCAACCAAACUUUGCCACCCGUUGAUGUUGAAAUUGAAAUCUGCAUUGACACUGUGGAUGGCUCCAUGGAGGAAUGUCACGACAUCCUUGCUGGAGAUUCAAUGGUGCUGGGAUCGGUAUGCACAAGAAUUGCAGAAGAAAAUGGUACUGAUGUUUUGGAGGUCACUUUCACUGCACUGGAAAACUGGAGUUUUGUGACCAAUGAGAUUUGGGUUGGUGAAAACAUUUCAGCUGUUCCACUUGAUGAAGAUGAUUUGGACACAGAUGCCUUCCCUUACUACUGGUGCAACUCCAGUGGUUUGUCGGUCUGGACUACCACAAUUCCCUUAAAGUGGACUUACCUUUGUGAGGGUAUGGAAUCAUUUUCCUUGGCUAUUGUGGCCCAGUCAACACUAGGCAGGUUGCUUCCAAGUGGUGCUGUGGACAAGGAUUCAGAGAUCGUCGCUUAUGUCUAUGAGAAUCAAGAUGUUGGCAGCCUGUACAGCUGGUAUGAUGUAGACAUCAUGUGUGAGUGCCCACCAAAUGUGACCACCAAUGUCACUGACAGGACAACUCCGGGUGAGAUUUGUAUUGAGACAGAUGACCAGUCGAGCAAGGACUGCUAUGACAUUCUUGCCAACAAUUCAUUUGUGGCAGGUAGUAUGUGCCUUGAGAUCUUGAAUGGUACCCAAUUUGAGGUGUCGUUCACGGCAACCCAGGGCUGGGCAUUUGUGUCUUCUGAAUAUUGGAUUGGAGAGAGCAUCGGUGAUGUCCCUCUGGAUGAGCAUGACUCUCUGGACAUUGAAAAUUUCCCUUACUUCUGGUGUAAUUCGACAGGGCUUAUAUCUGUUUUGGAUUACAUGGAGAUGAAGUGGUCCUACAAUUGUGAAGACAUGGGCAGCUUUGGCCUUCAGAUGGUAGCACAUUUCACUGUGGCACAGCUGCAAGAAGAUGGCAGUAUUGAUGCUGACUCAGAAAUGAUUGCCUUUGCCCAAGAAUUUCAAAGCCAGACUAGUGGUGAAAGCUAUGGGUGGCUUGAUUUUGUUGUGGACUGUGACUGCCCUGGUUCAUUGCCACCACCACCUCCAGCUAAUGACACUGAGAUUUGUAUUGAGACAGAUGGCCAGUCGAGCAAGGACUGCUAUGACAUUCUUGCCAACAAUUCGUUUGUGGCAGGUAGCAUGUGCCUUGAGAUCUUGAAUGGUACCCAGUUUGAGGUUUCGUUCACGGCAACCCAAGGCUGGGCAUUUGUGUCUUCUGAAUAUUGGAUUGGAGAGAGUAUCGGUGACGUCCCUCUGGACGAGGAUGACUCUCUGGACAUUGAAAAUUUCCCUUACUUCUGGUGCAAUUCGACAGGGGUUACAUCGGUUGUGGAUUAUAUGGAGAUGAAAUGGUCCUACAAUUGUGAAGACAUGGGCAGCUUUGGCCUUCAGAUGGUAGCACAUUUCACUGUGGCGCAGCUACAAGGAGACGGCAGUAUUGAUGCUGACUCAGAAAUGAUUGCCUUUGCCCAAGAAUACCUGGUCCAAUCCAAUGACCAAACCUAUGGGUGGCUUGAUUUUGUUGUGGACUGUGCAUGCACAGCAGCUUCACCGACUCCCAAUAUUCCGUCAACUCACAUGUGCAUUGACUCAGAUGAUAAUGCCUCGAACAACGAAUGCCGUGAGUUCCUUGUUGGAGACACAGAAUCGCUUGGUACUGUCUGCUUCAGCAUUUCAGACGACCCCAUGAAUCUAGAUGUCACCUUCAAGGCUUCAGAAGGGUGGGCAUUCGUGUCAACUGAAUUCUGGGUGGGCGAGGAUGUUGGAGAAAUGCCCACGGAUGAGGACGACUCUCCAGACCUUGAGAACUUUCCGUACUUCUGGUGCAAUUCAACAGGACUCAGCUCAGUUUCUGAUUAUGUUGAGAUGAAGUGGUCGUAUAACUGUGAUGAUGUGGACAAGUUUGACUUGUCUGCUGUCGCACAUGCCACUCUCGGUCGGCUUUCGAAGAAUGGAUUUGUCGACCAGGAAUCUGAAGUGACAGUUUUCGCAAGUGAACAUACAAGUGACAAUGGUCUCUUUGGAUGGCUGGACUUUGUUGUCGGAUGCAAGUGUGCUGAUUUGGAAGACCCAAGCAGACUUUCUGCAUCCGUGUGCGAACCAUCAGUUGUUUUGGUUGACGAAGACUUUGAAUCUGAAGAGGAUGAGCAAUCAUGGCGCGAGGGCUCCGAAUACUCCUGGUCUGGAGGCAUCACAACUGAAACAUCUGACUUGGGUCACUUCUUGGGUCGCCUUGGACAAAGCAGGGAGCGAGUGUCUCAAAACUUUACAGUGCCACUAUCAGGUGGUAUUUCUGCUGACAGCGUGACUCUUGAAUUCCAGCUCUAUCAAAUCGACCGUUGGUUGGACUCUGAGGACACAGUAACGUUAGAAGUCGGAGGAGCCAGCAAAGUCGUAUUGGGAGAGUUGUCCUCGCAUCCUGCCCACCAUUUCUUGGCAGGUGAAGUGGAUGGAAUCUCCUGGUCCUGCAACAAUACGGUUUCAGGAACCAAUCUUGGCUUCCUGCCUGACAAUGAUGCUAUUCACAGUGUGAAACUGCAGAUUCCUGCUGGUUUCUUUGCUUCUUCUGGGGUGCUGGAAAUCGCUAUUGUGGUGUCAGCCAGCCUGGACAUUGACGAACAGAGUGCUGGAAUUGACAAUUUCAAGCUCACAGCCCACUACAGCUGCGACUCUAGACGCCAGCUGGACGCCAUUGGAAGCAGUGGAUGCGAUAAGUCCGCUGAAAUCAGCCACGAGCGAUUUGAGUCUGGCCUAGAGGAAGGAUGGAAGAAUGGUUUGAUUUCGCAACAUGGAAGCCUUGGCCACUUCUUGGGCAGGAUGGGUGUUGAGAACCCUCGUUCCUCGAAGAUGUUUGCUCUUCCUGUUGACGCCACUGAGAAGGUUUCGAUAAGCUUCCACGUCUACGAAUUUGGCUCAUGGAACAGCGCCGACAGAAUCCUGUUGACGAUUGGCACGACGGAUGUGGACCUGGGUAUCUUCAGCAGAGAAAGCAGCCAUGUGUUGCGAGGCUCUGUUCGAGGAAUUUCAUGGUCUCGUGAAGCGCUGCCAGCAUUGUCAUCGUCUGAAGUGGCUGUGCACGAGGUCUUUGUGACGGUGCCCCGAGAAGCGUUGUCGACGUCUGGCAAGCUGCCAGUAACGUUCUGGUUUGACCUGAAUGGAAGCAUCACGUCCAAGAGCGGAGGAAUUGAUAACCUGAGAGUCGUAGCCCUUGGCGGCUGCGGUGCUGCUCAGCAACAACACGAUCUUGCCAACCACCACUUUGGCAUGUCGAACUUGCCGGAAGGUGCGACGAAGAAGUUUGCGGAUGUUUCCGGAACUGACGAAUCAAGUUCCGAGGCAGCAUCGAUGAGUAGUAGUAGUAAUGCUGGCGCCCCUGUCGACGAGCCCAGCAUGGAUGGAAACGACGAAGAUGACGGAGCGAGUGGUCCUCACUGUAGUGCCGUGGAUUUCCCCUGCGAGGGAGGUACCAAAGCCUACAUUUGCCAUUACUCUGUCUUCAAGGGUUACAAUACGUACUGUGUAGACGAAGACGAUACGGAUGUGAUUCGCUUCUACCCCAAUGAUUACUGCGGACCUUGUGUCGGUGGUUAUGGGGGCAAGAAGCCUUCGUUGUAA